CACGGUGGCCGCCAUCUUUGUGGGUAAGCAAGGUCGGUCAGCAGCAGAAGCCACCUUUUAAGUGCAGUCAUCGUUAAUCUGGGCCGUUUAUGAUAAUAUUUCGUGUUCGGGCAGCAUCAAGUCCAACUCAUCUGGUGAAAGACUAUGUCCCAGAUUCUCCCUAUACGGUUUCAGGAGCACCUGCAGCUCCAGAAUGUGGGCAUCAACGCAGCCAACAUCGGGUUCAGCACCCUCACGAUGGAGUCGGAUAAGUACAUCUGUAUCCGGGAGAAGGUGGGGGAGACGGCGCAGGUUGUCAUCAUCGACAUGAACGACACGUCAAACCCCAUCCGCCGCCCCAUCUCGGCCGACUCCGCCAUCAUGAACCCUGCAAGCAAGGUCAUCGCCCUGAAAGCUGGGAAAACCCUGCAGAUUUUCAACAUUGAGAUGAAGAGCAAAAUGAAGGCACACACAACAACUGAUGAAGUGAUCUUUUGGAAGUGGAUAUCUGUAAACACCAUUGGCCUCGUCACAGAAACAGCGGUCUACCACUGGGGCAUGGAAGGGGAGUCGAUGCCAGUGAAAAUGUUUGAUCGUCACUCCAACUUGGCCGGCUGUCAGAUCAUCAACUACAGGACUGAUGCCAAGCAGCAGUGGCUUCUCGUUGUCGGCAUUUCCGCACAGCAAGACGCAAGUCAAAACAGGGUUGUGGGUGCCAUGCAGCUGUAUUCAGUGGAGCGUAAAGUGAGCCAGCCAAUUGAGGGCCAUGCUGCAGCAUUCUGUCAGUUCACCAUGGACGGAAACCCCCUCCCCUCGACUCUCUUCGUCUUCAGCGUCCGUGGGCCACAAGGAGGAAAGCUUCAUGUGAUUGAAGUUGGCCAGCCUCCAGAAGGAAAUCAGCCGUUCCCCAAGAAAGCUGUUGAUGUGUUUUUCCCAGUUGAAGCCCAGAAUGAUUUUCCAGUUGCCAUGCAGGCGAGUGAGAAACACGGGGUGACAUUCCUGAUAACCAAGUAUGGCUACAUCCACUUGUACGAUAUUGAGACAGGCACGUGCAUCUACAUGAACCGCAUCAGUGGUGACACCAUCUUCGUAACAGCGCCACACGAGGCAACAAGUGGCAUCAUUGGAGUGAACAGGAAGGGACAGGUUUUAUCGGUGAGUGUUGAAGAGGACACGAUUGUCCAGUACAUCAGUAGCACGUUGCAGAACCCAGACCUAGCACUGAAGAUAUCGUCCCGCUGUAACCUGCCAGGAGCCGAAGACCUCUUUGUGAGGAAAUUCAACACCCUGUUCCAGAACAGCCAAUAUGCCGAGGCGGCUAAAGUAGCAGCCAGUGCACCAAAGGGUAUCCUGAGAACCCCACAGACGAUACAGCGAUUCCAGCAGGUUCCAGCACAGCCCGGCGCCUCGUCGCCCCCACUUCUACAGUAUUUUGGCAUCCUGCUGGACAGGGGCCAGCUGAACAAGUACGAGUCGCUCGAACUAUGCAAGCCAGUCCUACAGCAGGGCAGAAAGCCGCUCAUCGAGAAGUGGCUCAAAGAAGAAAAGUUGGAAUGCAGUGAAGAACUUGGUGACUUAGUUAAAGCUAGUGAUUUGAACCUGGCCCUCUCUGUGUAUCUAAGAGCUAACAUCCCACAAAAGGUAAUCCAAUGUUUUGCGGAGACUGGUCAGUUCCAGAAGAUCAUACUGUACGCCAAGAAGGUUGGUUUUACACCGGACUACAUCUUCCUGUUGCGUGGCAUCAUGCGCAUGAACCCCGAGCAGGGGCUGCAGUUUGCCCAGAUGAUGGUCCAGGACGAUGAACCACUGGCCGACCUGAACCAGAUUGUGGAUGUCUUCAUAGAGUUCAAUUUGAUCCAACAAUGUACAUCCUUCCUGCUGGAUGCACUCAAGAACAACCGGCCAUCCGAGGGCCCCCUUCAGACCAGACUGCUUGAGAUGAACCUCAUGUCAGCACCACAGGUUGCCGAUGCCAUUCUGGGAAACCAAAUGUUUACACACUACGACAAAGCACAUAUCGCCCAGUUGUGUGAGAAAGCAGGCCUCCUACAGAGGGCUCUAGAACACUACACUGAUCUUUAUGAUAUCAAGAGAGCUGUGGUUCAUACUCAUCUACUGAAUCCAGAGUGGCUAGUAAACUACUUUGGUGCUCUCUCAGUGGAGGACUCACUAGAAUGUCUCAAGGCCAUGCUGACUGCCAACAUACGUCAGAACCUACAAGUGUGUGUCCAGAUCGCAUCAAAAUACCACGAACAGCUGACUACCAACGCUCUUGUGGAACUCUUUGAAUCAUUCAAAAGCUUUGAAGGUCUCUUCUAUUUCUUGGGAUCCAUUGUGAACUUCAGUCAGGAGUCUGAGGUGCACUUCAAAUACAUCCAGGCAGCCUGUAAGACCGGCCAAAUCAAGGAAGUAGAACGCAUCUGCCGUGAAAGCAACUGUUAUGAUCCAGAAAGAGUGAAAAACUUCCUCAAGGAAGCAAAACUGACUGACCAGCUUCCACUGAUCAUAGUGUGUGACCGUUUCGACUUUGUGCAUGACCUGGUUCUCUAUCUGUACCGAAACAACCAGCAGAAAUACAUUGAAAUAUAUGUGCAGAAGGUGAACCCAGCUCGUCUGCCCGUGGUAGUUGGUGGACUGUUGGAUGUUGACUGUAGUGAAGAUGUUAUCAAGCAACUCAUUCUGGUUGUUAAAGGGCAGUUUUCGACCGAUGAACUCGUAGAAGAGGUAGAAAAGAGAAACAGAUUGAAGCUUUUGUUACCGUGGCUGGAGACGAGGACACAUGAAGGGGUUACUGAGCCUGCUACCCACAACGCUCUGGCUAAAAUCUACAUUGACAGCAACAACAACCCAGAACGAUUUUUAAGAGAAAACCAGUACUACGACAGUCGAGUUGUAGGCAAAUACUGUGAGAAGAGAGAUCCCCAUCUUGCGUGCGUUGCCUACGAGAGAGGCCAGUGCGAUCAAGAACUCAUUAAGGUGUGCAAUGAAAAUUCACUCUUCAAGAGUGAAGCAAGAUAUCUAGUGAGGAGAAAGGACACUGACUUGUGGGCUGAGGUGUUGAAGGAGACUAAUGAAUUCCGCCGUCCGUUGAUAGACCAGGUAGUGCAGACAGCGCUGUCGGAAACUCAGGAUCCUGAGGAGAUAUCGGUCACUGUUAAAGCAUUCAUGACUGCUGACCUUCCAAACGAACUUAUUGAGCUCUUGGAGAAGAUUGUCCUGGAAAACUCUGUCUUCAGUGACCAUAGAAACCUGCAGAAUCUGCUGAUCUUGACUGCGAUCAAAGCUGACCGAACACGAGUGAUGGAGUACAUCAACCGUCUGGAGAACUACGACGCACCCGACAUCGCAAACAUUGCCAUCAGCAAUGAACUCUACGAGGAGGCUUUCGCAAUUUUCAAGAAGUUUGAAGUCAACACUUCAGCCAUUUCUGUUUUGAUUGAGCAUGUCAACAACUUGGAUCGAGCGUAUGAGUUUGCUGAGAGAUGUAACGACCCUGCCGUGUGGUCACAGCUAGGACAGGCUCAGCUAACCAAGGGUAACGUCAAAGAGGCCGUCGACUCCUUCAUCAAAGCCGAUGAUCCAUCACAGUACCUUGAAGUGGUCCAGAUUGCUACACAAAAUGACAACUGGGAAGAACUGGUGAAGUUUCUGCAGAUGGCUCGCAAGAAGGCCAGAGAGACUUUCGUGGAGACUGAGCUGGUGUAUGCUUACGCCAAGACCAACAGACUUGCUGACAUGGAAGAAUUCAUUUCUGGACCAAAUCAUGCCAACAUUACACAGGUUGCUGACCGAUGUUUCGAUAAUAAAAUGUAUGAAGCAGCUAAAAUUUUAUACAACAAUGUAUCAAACUACGCUCGCCUCGCGAUUACACUUGUCCAUUUAGGAGAAUACCAAGGAGCUGUGGAUGGAGCGAGGAAAGCCAACAGCACAAGAACGUGGAAGGAGGUGUGCUUUGCAUGUGUAGACAAUGAAGAAUUUAGGUUAGCCCAAAUGUGUGGUCUACAUAUUGUGGUGCAUGCAGAUGAACUAGAAGAAUUAAUCAACUACUACCAAGAUAGGGGCUACUUUGAAGAACUUAUAGCACUUUUAGAAGCAGCUUUAGGUUUGGAGCGGGCACACAUGGGUAUGUUCACCGAGUUAGCAAUAUUGUAUUCCAAAUACAAACCGGAGAAGAUGAGGGAACACUUGGAACUCUUCUGGUCACGAGUCAACAUUCCGAAGGUUUUACGCGCGGCCGAGCAGGCUCACCUGUGGUCGGAGCUGGUGUUCCUGUACGACAAGUACGAGGAGUUUGACAAUGCCAUCAUCACCAUGAUGAGCCACCCGACGGAGGCGUGGCGCGAGAGCCAGUUCAAGGACAUCGUCACCAAGGUGGCCAACAUCGAGCUGUACUACAAGGCCGUGCAGUUCUACCUCGACUACAAGCCCAUGCUGGUGAACGACCUGCUGCUGGUCCUGACCCCACGGCUCGACCACACCCGCAUGGUGAAUUACUUCAUCAAGGUGAACCAGAUCCCACUGGUGAAGACGUACCUGCGGUCUGUGCAGAAGAACAACAACAAGGCCAUCAAUGAGGCCCUCAACAACCUGUUCAUUGAGGAGGAGGACCACCAGGGCCUGCGCGCCUCCAUCGACGCCUAUGACAACUUCGACAACAUCACGCUUGCGCAGCGCCUCGAGAAGCACGAGCUCAUAGAGUUCCGCAGGAUAGCGGCGUACCUGUACAAGGGUAACAACAGGUGGAAGCAGUCCGUCGACUUGUGCAAGAAAGAUAAAUUAUUUAAGGAUGCCAUGAUGUAUGCCGGAGAAUCACGACAGGUGGACAUUGCGGAGGAUCUUAUCGCCUGGUUCCUUGAGAGCGAGAACAAUGAAUGCUUCGCCGCCUGCUUGUUCCAGUGUUACGACUUGCUGCGACCCGAUGUUAUCCUUGAGCUGGCGUGGAGACACAACAUCAUGGACUUUGCUAUGCCCUACAUGAUACAAGUCAUGCGAGAAUACAUUGGAAAGGUUGACAAGCUGGAGUCAUCAGAAGCUGUGCGCACCGAGGAGGAACAGAAGGCUGAGGAACGUCCAAUUGUGUUUAAUGAACCACAGUUGAUGUUGACGGCUGGACCAGGAAUAGGAAUUCCGCCAGUAAUCCCACCACAGCCUGCCUACGGUGCUGCGUACGCGCCUGGGAUGCCCACUGCCUACGGAUACAGCAUGUAAAUAAUGGACUUCAAACCAACAUGUAACACAAACAAAAACAUGUCAAACACACAAAAAAAAGACAGUGAACUGAAUGAAUUUGCACGUGUAAAUUACUCCCAGUGUAAUGAAAGUGAUUGUGUCGCACACGAAUGAUGAAAAAAAGAAAAGAAAAGAAAGAUAGGCAAGCCGAAAUUUGUUGUUGAUACCUGAUUGGUAUAGUAAAGUUGUUACUGUUACGAUGUAUUUCUAAUCCUUUGUAUACACUCAUACUCACAUUCCUUCUGCGUAAAGACUUUUUUUUUUGUGUAAGUUACUCUGGAUUUAGUAUUUUAAUUGCAUUGGGUCAAUGGGUCGUGCAGGUUUCUUCGCUUGCUAUGUUCUCGUCAUUGAUGUAUCAAUUUGAAGCCAAAGCCAUUGCUCAAGUUGUAAUUCUGCUAAGCAACGCACAUCAUCAUUACCACCAUCAUGGCAGUCUUUGUGCAUGGAACCUUUUAUCAUUAAUUAAUUUAUUUAUGUCUGUUCAUUUGAGGUUUAAUACAGAAAUCCUCUGUUCAUGAAGGAGUACAGAUUUAAAGGUGGUUGCAUUGUUGUGCUUCAUUAAAUCUUUCUGUCUUUUUCGCACUCUGGUCCGCAUUGGAAUUGUUUUGAAAUCAGUACAUUAUGCUGUGCUGUCAUGGAAACACGGGUGUGAGUUUUGACCCAUUGAUCAAAUGCUUUUUGUUUAAUAUUGGUGCCACCGGUUACCGUAUCGGUAUUGACGUGCAAAAGUUGUUUUGUAUUUAAUUAAUUAGGUUUUGUUUUACCGAAUCAUAAUUUUUCUGAAUUAUAAUUUUUUUUUGAAUUAUAAAUCGUCUUAGGUUUUGCAUAUAAAGAUAUAACUGCCAUUAGUGAUUUAGGUGGGCGUAAUUCCAAUAUUUGGCCCAUAUGUCAGUACUUGAUAGAAAAUUAAAUAAUUCUGCAGUUAAUUAGCUAAUUAAAAAGGUGUUGUGUAACUUUCUUUGACUUGUGUUUGGAAAAACCAAGUUGUUGACUUUAUUUAUUAAAUUGCACAGAUUGACAACCAUUACUAUUGAUAGUUCACCCAUGUAUAGAAUGUACCUUGAUAGUUUUGUCUGUUUUCUCAUAUCUAAUCGUCAGUGCACCGAAUGAAUUUAUAAAUAAAUAUGGCGGGCUCACCCUGUCUUUGUUUCUUCUUGGUAUUUUGUUCUACAAAUAUCAAAAAUAUUCGUGAAUAUGUUGACAGUCGGCAGUAUAUUAGGAUUAAUUUGUAAACAAUACAUAGAAUACAAUAUCGUUUUGUAAUUUGCCAAUACAAAAACUGUUGUUAUUUGAAUUUAAAUGCUUAAAAUCACAUUUAUAUGUUUCAAGUGUAUGUGAAGUUAUUUCCCUGUUUAUCUGCUCCAUUAUAAUAAAACAAUCUUUUAAAGAAUUUUUUUUUUUUUAAACCCAAAUGACAAUGUGAAUAUUAAUGGGGUGAGCUGCGGCUUUGCCAGUGCUUGUUAGUUAUGGCCUAGGAAAUUGUCUGGUUUGUGUAUGGUGAUAGUUGGACCAGUUGCGCUUCACAGCAAAACUUGAGAAAAAUAUUUCUGUUUGAAUCACAGCACAUUAGCCUAGUUAAAGUUAUUGUCACAGAUUGACUGUUAACAGUAGAGUAGACCCAAGUGUGAUGUGGAAAUCUGGGCUCUGUAAUAAUAUGCAGCCGUGUGUUAGAGUAAGAGGUGUUGUGAUUUGUCUGCUGUCAUUUAUUAUAAAUCAGUUCUAUCUCCUGUUGUGAUUGGUUAAAUUUUUAUGAAUUGUUGUGAUUGGUUAAAUUAUGUCACAUGCUUGCUUAUUUAAAAAUAUUAUUAUUGACUUUGGUUAUUCAUUAUUAUAAACUUUGGUUAUUCAUUAAGUGAUCAUUUUUAUUGCAUAUUCGAAAUGAAUUCUUUCAUAAUCUGAAAGAUUUGCCUUCAUAUCUUCGGAUGACUCAAUCAAAUUAAACCUGCAUUGAAAUGUUUGAAUUUCUUAAUGAUCCUUUAUUCUUAGCAUUCCAGCAGUUUUUCAUUUCAAUUGUACAAAAUAAUCCGAUUAGGUUGAGCCACUCUUCAAGCUUCAAGUAAUAUCACUUUAAAUGGUUAUUCUAAAACCUAGUUGUUAACUGAUGAACAGGACAGAAAACUAAUUCAUGCAACAACAUUUUAAAUAUUUUAAACCACAAGGGUUGUGUUAUCACUGGCAUUAUAUCUUGGUUAAGGAAACAUUAUAUUUUGGAUAAACCAUUUUAAUCUCUAUCCAAUUUUGACGUACUAUAUUAUACUACCAAAAGGACAGCUUGAUACUGCCUCUCUGUGCUGCGUUUUCAAGUAGCUGGUUCACCAGUCAUUGCAGGAGAAUAUUCAUAACAUUUAUCAAACACACACCAACCGUCUGUGUAUGUGUGUGUGUGUGUGUUUAUCAUCUAGCCUGUGUAAAAACUUGCUGUAUAUCUUGAAAUAUUUUACCGUGCCUGAUGCUGCGUGAAUCUGUGCAACCACCAGUUUACCAGGCUACCUGAGAUGUAUGGUUAUCUUGUUAUCUUUGUUGUUAUUAAAGGCUUUGUUUUGAGUUGUCCAAAAUUCAUGUUACGUUUCCCGUUUAUUUUUGAGUUUUUAAUUUUAGCCAGGUGAUCAACACAGCACCGUCAUCAGUCUGAUAUUAAGUAGCAAUCCAUGUAAUAAUAAUAAUAAUAAUAAUAUCCCAGUAAUACCUUUGUUUUUAUGCUGUACGUAGCUAACGUAAUCAUGUUGGACCCUCGUCCGGGCUGCAAGAAUUAUUAGAAUCAUAUAGAAGACGACAAAACUAUAAUUAUUGUAAUGAAAGGGACAUGUAGAAGUACUGGUCUUAUUUAUAAUUAAGUCCUGUACAUGCGUAGGAACAUUUGAAAAUAGCUGUGGUUUUUAGAUGUAUUCACUACAUGUCAUAAAUAAACUGUAUGAAGCAAA